CCCGCCGCUGUCCGUUAUCCCUGGCUGGAGCAUCCUUCCGGAGGCAGCAGGGACCGCAAGAGCAUCCUAGGGCUGAGGCUGGGACGCGCGUGGGGGCUGUUGUGGUCACAUCUUGGGAGAGCAGAGGACAGCACCAAGACCUGCUGCCGCCCGUGCUGGUGUGAUUAGGGGAAAUGAGCUUACUUCUUCGGUGACAGAAAGGACAAGAAGAGGAGUGAGGUCCACAUCUCUUUGCAGGAAAGGGAAGAGGGAACCCAAGUGGAGGCGCCUUUAUAAGAAGUUUAUAUCCUUCAUUGAAAAGCUGUGGGAAGGCGGGAGCAACAGGGUACUUGAUUGGACCCCGGAGACAAACCAUUUCCUGUGAAGAAGAGGAAGCAGGCGGCUUCCAGGGCUGGAGGCCAGGCCAGGUGUGCUGUGGGACAGUCUCCACCAGAGACAGGGGAGGCCCGGGACCAGCAGAAACCAUGACUCACUUACAAGCCGGGCUGUCUCCGGAGACCCUGGAGAAAGCUCGCCUGGAGCUCAAUGAGAACCCGGACACCCUGCACCAGGACAUCCAGGAGGUGAGGGACAUGGUCAUCACCAGGCCGGACAUCGGCUUUCUGCGCACGGACGACGCCUUCAUCCUACGCUUCUUGCGGGCCAGGAAGUUCCACCACUUCGAGGCCUUCCGCCUCCUGGCCCAGUACUUCGAGUACCGGCAGCAGAACCUGGACAUGUUCAAAAGCUUCAAGGCCACGGACCCUGGCAUCAAGCAGGCGCUGAAGGAUGGCUUCCCCGGGGGCCUGGCCAACCUGGACCACUAUGGCAGGAAGAUUCUGGUCCUCUUUGCUGCCAACUGGGAUCAGAGCAGGUACACGCUGGUGGACAUUUUGCGUGCCAUUUUGCUGUCUUUAGAAGCCAUGAUUGAAGAUCCUGAGCUUCAAGUGAAUGGAUUUGUUUUGAUCAUAGACUGGAGUAACUUCACCUUCAAGCAAGCCUCUAAACUUACACCCAGCAUGCUGCGAUUGGCUAUUGAAGGCCUUCAGGACAGUUUCCCAGCCCGAUUCGGAGGAAUUCAUUUUGUCAACCAGCCGUGGUAUAUCCAUGCCCUGUAUACUGUAAUCCGGCCUUUCCUAAAGGAGAAGACUCGGAAAAGGAUAUUUUUGCAUGGUAACAACCUAAAUAGCCUACACCAACUAAUUCAUCCUGAGAUCCUGCCCUCUGAGUUUGGAGGAAUGCUGCCCCCUUAUGACAUGGGAACCUGGGCAAGAACACUGCUCGACCACGAGUACGAUGACGACAGUGAAUACAAUGUGGACUCCUACAGCAUGCCUGUGAAAGAAGUAGAAAAGGAGCUCUCCCCCAAGUCCAUGAAGAGGUCCCAAUCAGUAGUGGAUCCUACAGUCCUCAAACGCAUGGAUAAAAAUGAAGAAGAAAACAUGCAACCUUUGCUCUCUCUGGACUGAUACCUGCUCUCCACUCCCCAUGGAUGAGAAAUGAAAGGUACUUGUUUUCAGCAGCAGGGACAGCACUAUGGAGGAAUUAUCAGCUGGAAACUUAUUUAUUCUUGUCCAUGUAGCAUACUAUAUUAUAAGGCACCAGGAGUCUUUCCCAUUUGCCUGAACCCUGGGGGCCCUAGUCUGGAUUAAAAAGUGAAUAAUUUAUCCUGUAAGUGCCAAGUUCUUUGUAAAUACAAUGUAAACUUUAUGUCAAGUUUGUACAUUUUGGUAAUAACUGAAAUUGGAAAAGUUUGGCCCAUGAGUUCAUGCCAGUGAUGUGAACUAUUACAAAAAUAAAAGACUUACAUAAUCAAAGCUAA